CGGUCGGGGAAUGGUUUCUCCCAGCCGUACCCUCCCGCUCCUCCUCCCGCGCGGCUCGGAUGCUGCAGCGGGACCCGCUCCGCGCUCCGGCCGGGGGAACCGCCGCUGCCGGAGGCUCCCCCCGCGCCGACAGAUAUCUGUCUAUCCCAGAACGAAUAGUUGCUGUAAUCAGAGACUGAAAUGGUAUGACUGGAGUUAAUCAUUUGGCUUUGGCGGCUCCAUUGUUUUCUGAGAACUUGGAACAGAAUUUGGACUCUCCUUCUGUCCUCUCCUAGGUUAUAAUGCCAUCCUUGCCCAAUGACGGAGAUAACCAUGGAACUGCUUCUCUGACUCUGAGCUCGGAACUGCCCUAUCAAAGCACAAUUAAAAGAAAAGUCAGGAAGAAGAAGAAGAAGAAUGGAGUCAUCACUGCAAAUGUCGCUGGCACAAAAUAUGAAAUUGUACGUAUAGUCAUACGAGAAAUGGGAUUUGUGAAAACGCGUGAUGAAGACGAGACAGCUAAUCUCAUAUGGAGUGAUUCUGCUGUGCAACAAGAAAAGAUUGCUGAGCUUCGGAACUAUCAGAGAAUCAACCAUUUUCCAGGAAUGGGAGAGAUCUGCAGAAAGGAUUUUCUAGCAAGAAACAUGACUAAAAUGAUCAAGAGUCAGCCGCAGGAGUACAGUUUUAUUCCUCGAACAUGGAUCUUCCCUGCAGAAUACACGCAGUUUCAGAACUACGUGAAAGAACUGAAGAAGAAACGGAGACAGAAAACUUUCAUAGUCAAACCAGCCAAUGGUGCGAUGGGACAUGGGAUCUCUUUAAUAAGAAAUGGAGAAAAGUUACAAGCUCAGGAUCACUUGAUUGUUCAAGAAUAUCUUGACAAACCAUUUCUUAUGGAAGGCUACAAGUUUGAUUUACGCGUGUAUAUUCUUGUAACCUCCUGUGAUCCAUUAAAAGUAUUUUUAUAUCAUGAUGGACUGGUGAGAAUGGGCACAGAAAAGUAUCAUCCCCCCAGUGACUCAAAUUUGAGUCAAUUGUAUAUGCAUCUGACAAACUAUUCUGUUAAUAAACAUAAUGAACACUUUGAAAGGGAUGAAACAGAAGACAAAGGAAGCAAACGCUCCAUAAAAUGGUUUACUGAAUUUUUAGAAACAAAUAAUCUUGAUGUCUCAAAAUUCUGGAGUGAUAUUUCAGAGUUAGUAGUGAAGACUCUCAUCGUUGCAGAGCCGCACGUUCUUCAUGCUUAUCGCAUGUGCAGACCAGGACAAGCGCCGGGAAGCGACAGCGUCUGCUUUGAAGUCCUGGGAUUUGAUAUUCUGCUGGACAGAAAACUAAAACCAUGGCUCCUAGAGAUUAAUCGUGCCCCGAGCUUUGGAACCGAUCAAAAAAUAGACUAUGAUGUAAAAAAAGGUGUUCUGCUAAAUGCAUUAAAGCUUCUCAACAUACGGACAAGUGAUAAAAGGAGAAAUUUAGCUCAACAGAAGGCGGAGGCUCAGAAGAGACUGUACGGUCAAGGUUCAAUGAAAAAACUACUGCCAGGUUCCUCAGAGUGGGAGAAGCAGCGCCACACACUGGAAAGGAGAAAAGAAGAACUGAAGGAAAGACUUGCACAAGUGCGCAAACAGAUAUCCAAAGAGGAACAUGAAAAUAGACACAUGGGGAAUUACAGGCGAAUUUACCCUCCUGAUGAUAAAACGUUGCUUGAAAAGUAUGAGAGCUUAUUAGCCACUGCUUUCCAGACCUUUCUUGCUGGGAGAGCAGCUUCACUUCAACGGGAAAUGAAUAACCCUUUGAAAAGAAUGAAGGAGGAGGACAUUCUGGAUCUUCUGGAGCAGUGCGAAAUAGAUGACGAAAAACUAAUGGGAAAAUGCAGCAGGCAGCGAGGACCGAAGCCCUUGUGUUCGAUGCCAGAAUGUGCCCAGCCCCUAAGAAGGCUGAAGAACUACACUAGUGAUAGUAGCUGUGAUAGCGGUAGCAGCGUGUCAGAGUCGGGAGAAGAGACUGAAAAGGAGGAUCGCAAUGAAAAAAAAGAGAAGAAAGUUUCAUACGAUCUUGAAGAGAAUAAAUGCAAAUCUUUGGAACGAUCAAGUAGAGUGAGCUGGAAACCGUCAGUUAAAAAUACAAAAUCUCCAUCAUCUUCAUCCCCCACCUCAUCCGCAGGCCCAAUAAGGCGUUCUGUAAGCUGCCCUCGUUCGAUAUCAAUAUUGACUAUGCAGUCACAGGCGGCUGAGCCACGGUCCUUUUCAGCCAAAGCAUCUCUCCAAAUGCAGCAUACAUCCUCAGGCAAUAGGUCUCAUUCUUUAAAUCGCAGCCCAUCUUCGGCCAGAGGCUCUCAGGCACCCACCUUGGGAACUAUGAACUCUUCAGGGAGUGAGUCUUUGCUGCAACAGAAAACAAAAGAGCAAGAAGCUGCUUUGACAAAAGAGACUCUUCUCAUUAUCAAUGACAUGAGAAUGAAGUUCCCAGGAAAAACAGAUGAAGAAUCAGAAUUAAUUAUAGCAGAUAUUAUGGAUAAUUGGAAGUAUCAUAAAACAAAAGUUGCAUCCUAUUGGUUGAUAAAACUGGAUUCUGUAAAGCAACGAAAAGUUUUGGAUAUAGUCAGGACAAGCGUUCGCACAGUUCUACAGCGUCUCUGGAAGGCUCCAGACAUUGAAAACUUACAUCUGUACCGUCUCUUUAACCGUGUAUUUAAUCGCUUGCUUUGGAGCCAUGGUCAGGGCCUGUGGAACUGUUUCUGUAAUUCAGGGAGCUCCUGGGAGACAAUAUUCUGUAAAAGCACAGAGGUGGUGACUCCUGAGCAACUCCAGUGUUGCCAACGAAUAGUAGAGCUUUGUAAACACUGCCUGCUGGUGGUUUACAAAUAUUCAUCGGAUUCAAGAGGAUCCCCAACGGGGUUUAGCACCCACUGGGACAAUACAAGGUAUUUAUUGCCAGGACCUUCACUGUUCAUCAUGAGACCAUCCUCAUCCAACCUUAGCUGCGGUUCCUCUGGAACGCCUCGCCCUAACGUUCUGUUCACACACAGAUACAGUCACUUGUGAAGCAAGAGAAAAGCUGCUGCUCUUUAUAAAUAAUGGCACUCCAUUCUUUUUUUUAAUUGAAAUUUGUGAUGGAGCUAAUUAUAAGCACUGUUAUAUAUUUACUACGGUAUUAUGAUAACAUUUAGCUGAAAACCUACUGUAAAAGCAUAGUUUUUCUGGAAACAUAAUAAACCUUGUUAAGUUGUUUACACACACACGUGAAUGGGUAGAUCCUGCUAGGUUUAUAAGUAAUUCCUUCUGACUAGAAAUGUUAUUUUUGCGGCAGAAUAUAUAAAACAGAAUUGAUUUUGAAGAUUCUAUUACAGUGUUACAUUAUAUUUAAGUACAAUACUUUGAGUAUUAUUUAUUGUAAAGCAUACUAUUUAUUGGUUCCAAUGUUAUUGAUCCUUUAACGAGGAAUAUGAUUAAAAAUCUGUAGUAGAAGAGUAAAACUGCAACAGACAUUGAAAAGAAUCUCAUCAUUUCUUGGAAGUGUUUAAAAUAAUCCCUAAAAACUCUCUAAGCCCAACCUAAAGCAGACAUCUCUUUAUUUCUCCUCGGAAAUGACGAGAUCGGUUAAUGCUGCUAUUGUUAAAGGAUGUGGUAUAAUAUCUUUUAGCCAAAGUGAAGACAUCCAGUACACAAUCAACAGCAAUAUCAGUUUGGGCAUUCAUUUUUUAAUUGGAUUCUUGUAAUCACACGGGUGCCAAUGCUUGUUAUCAGAUUUUCAUUCACAUUCCCACUGUCCUGUGCCUUUAGGUUUCCUUUGGGAUCAAGCAGCCAUCUCCAACUCGCACAAGCUUGCGUAGUGCAAUGGUUUUUACUGCACAAGCGCUAAAACAGCUGUUUUUGGGAAAUACUGCAGCUAUAAAGUAUUAAUUCAACCUUAAACUAAUUGGUUUGUUGUAGUUUUUAGUGUACAAUCCAGCAUCUGCUGUAGAAUGUAUCCUUGCAAUGGACAGUAUUUUCUAGAUUGAUGACACCUUUAAAUAUCGGAAAGGUAAUUAAUUAGAAAGCUCAUUCCGAUUCAGCUGAAGGGCACAAAGAGAGAAUGAGCCAAAGCAGGAACCUACUUUUAACAGGACUUGGAACCUGAAAAUAUCAUUCAGGUUUUGCUAUUUAAACUCAUCCAUCCAAUUCAGCAUUGUGCUAUGUGAGCCUUAUUCAUUAAAGAAAUAGUUAUUUAAGAAGUCAUUUAAUCUAGAGCUACAAAUUAAGUUUUCUAACUGAGUAACAGAGUAGUUAUUAUUUACCAAAGACUUGUUUACUUACCAAUCUUAACCCUGAAACGUGUUUGUAAAGUAUCAAUGUAUUUCAGGUAUACUUAAAAAAAAUAAUUCGGGGGCUAAUUAUCCUCAGGAGCAAGAACAUAUUAGAGGGGUUUGAUAUCCAGAGAUUUAAGAAAAAUUUAAGACACUUAAGAGAUUUGAGACUGAAGUUGUCUGGAAAUGAUUUUUUUGUUUAGAUUUUAUUCAUAGUAUAUGUAAAACUGGGCGUUUGGGUGAGAUUUUUUGGAUGCCUGUGCUGUAGCGCCUGAGCUCGAGAACUGCAGGAUGUGCGAUAGCAAGACUUUGUAAAGUUAAAAACACCUCUUGAGAUUAGCCAGGUAGCAGCAGCCUUCCGCUCUGGAGCAAGUAGUUUUUAUUUUUUGUGGUAAUACUAGUGUAGUAAUAUAGUAUAUUCACAUGAAUUGUAAAUCUUUUUGAUCCAUAGAGUGGCUGCUGCUAAAGCAUACCCUGGUUAUCUGUUAAACCUAAUAAAAGCUGUAAAUUCUCUAUUCUUGGAGCAGGCUUCCAUAGUGUUCUGCUUUUGGCCAUAAGGAUAAAACCAAAUUGCAGCUUCGCUUGCCAGACUCAAACAGAGCCUUAUGAUCGUAGCUUCACAUGCCUUUUUUUUUUUUUUUAAUUCCCCUUUUUUUUGUCUUCUAAACUCUAUUAUGAUCUUUGUUUUCAGCAGCCGGUGCCAGGAAAGGUCAGGUGGAUAAGAAUGCCAGCAGAACGAGGGCUACUAACCAUAACUAUGCGUUGUGGAUACAUCUAGGGGAAAAAGUACCUUUAGCGUGUAGAGAAGCACACCAGAUGAUUGGUUUAUGUCUGAUGUUACUUAGUAUAUUCACAUUUCCGAUAACCUUUCCGAAAGUGCUACUGUGUUCCUAAUAAUAUGUGAAUCAAUACUUGCAAUAAAUGUGAUGCUACGCUUCCCCGCCAGCCCCUCUGAACAAGUGCGUGUGGAUGGUCUGUGGGUGAAUUAUGGGCUGCACCUACCGUCGGACUCCAGAUAGUGCCGUAGGUGAAAGCGUUUACUCUUUUCCUUCUGUGAAACAGCAGCAUUUCCUUCGUGAUCAGAUAAGUGGUCCUAGAAAAUGAGUCAGUAACUGGUAAUUAGUCGUGGCCUUGGGCUCUUGCUGCUGAACCUUCAGCCUGAUGACCAGCAGAUCUGCUGCUCUCUCCUCUUAACCCCAUGAAACCUUUACUCUGGAGGCAACUAAUUAAUCAAACAUGGAAGUGACACCAACCUGCUCGAUGUCUUUCCCGGCACAGUAGGGUCACAAGUGUAUUUCCAAGUUGUAUGAGAAUUCUAAUUGGAAGGGAAAGAACAUUGAUAAUUGUUUGAAGCUGAAAGAGGGGAGACUUAGAUGAGAUCUUAGGAAGAAAUGUGCGGGUGGGGAGGCCCUGGCCCAGGGUGCCCAGAGC